AUGACAAUCAAAAGUGUGCUUUCUAUGAAAUAUAUUUUUGUAGUUAUUUUAAUGUUUGAAUUAUCAUCUGGUCGACCCGAUCUUCAUGAUGUCAUUUUGUCGCCUCAUCCAGAAAGAAUGUUUGGAGGAAAAUAUGUUUUCUUUCAUCCCAAGCAAAUGAGUGGGAAAAAUAGAAUUAUUGAAUCAUCAACGAAAGUGCCGUGGGAAGAACCACUGAAAGAAACUGCAAAUUUAGCUUUAGCAAAUUCAAAGAUAAGUAAAAGUUCCAUUUUCAAAGCACCUUACAUUGGAUUUAUCAAUCUUGAUGCUCCAACUUUUGGUGAUAUUGCAGUGCUUGCGAAGGGAAAGUUGAAAAGAAAUACAAAUGAGACAUUUUCAUUCGAGCAAAUCAACGAAAGUUGUGAUGAGAAAUGUCAGACAAAUCCUGACAAAUACUUGGAAAAUGUGACAGCUUUAUGGAUGGUAGAACGCAUUAGACAUCGAGAUGUUUCAAAUAAUAAUCAUCGAUAUGACCUCAAGUUCACGAUCGUUCCAAUUUAUGAUGAUGGAAAGCAUCAAAUCGAUCAGAAUAUUUUGGAGAAUCGCUUGAAGAGUCACAUGAAGAGAACGUUCAUACUACGUGACACUGACUAUCCGGUUUAUUUCCAACCAAUUGCCAACAAACGAGUUGAUUUGUUUCCAUUUCAACUUGAGAGAAGUUUAUCGGAUUUUAUGAAGUUCAGUCCAAAUAGUUUCAUGCAAAGUCUUUUGGGUAUAAAGCCAACAACUACAACACCUCCUACCGUCUCUCAAUAUCCAAUUCCGCAAAAAUUAAAGCAAAAACAUAAAAUCAUAAAUCGACCUCAGUACGAAGAGUUUUACAUGUCACCAAAAAUCAUCAACUCGGUGAAAUCUAAUUUCCAUCCAACCGUAAACAGCUACGCGAAUGAACAUCAUCUUGUUAGAUUUCCUGAUUCAAGAGAAAUGUUCAUUAACAAAAUACCAGUGAAUCUUUAUCGACCGAAACCGGAGUUAUAUAACAAACAAAACUUCAUUGAUUAUCGUGGUGCCAAUGACAAUGUCUUUGUCAGCUCAUCUGAUCAUCAGUUGACGCAACCACCUGUGCCGUCAAUUGUUCCGGUAUUUUCUAUUCCACUUGAUAUGCCACUCAUUCAAGUCGCUCAAUCGCCCGGUUACUUCCAAGGCGCUUUUCCAUUUCAAAUUCAACUGACAACGAAUCCAACAAAUCAACAACCAAUUUACCCUCAACCACAAGACCCUUCACAUUUUCGAUAUCAACCAAGAUUUGUCAGUUUAUCUCAUCAACAAUCUCCACAAUUAUUCAACCAGUACACUUCAUAUAAUGCAAUUCAACCGAAUAAGUCAAAACCAUUUCAAGAAAGCGAAAGGUACACAAUGAACUAUUAUUCUCAAGUUGAUCCAAUUUAUCAUAAUCAUCAUCCUCAUCAACAUCUACUACAACAAUCACCUACGGAAGCUCCAAUAGAUUCAUCAACACAUUUGCCACGCUUCAUCAAUUAUGCGAAUGUUUUAAGAUCUCCGCCAAUUGAACAAAUGCCCAUUGAAAGCACAGCAAGUAGCAUUCAAGUCAAUAUGUUUGAUGACAACGAGUUUAGGCCUAUUACGCCAUCAUAUGAUGUAAGAAAGUUAACUCAAUUAUAUGGGAAAACUGCGAUGAAAGUUUCCACGACAUCAAAGUCAGAAGAAGACUUGAAUAACUCACAAACUACAAUUAGUUCUGUUGGUGAUAUCAUAACUGGUACUUACAUAACUUCAACAACCGAAAAAACUGUUUUUGAUGAUAAAAAAGUCAAAGAUGACUAUGAAGGAAGUUACAAAGUCGUUGCUGAGAGAACGAAGGCUUCACAGAAAACUACAGAAAAGCCGAUUUUGAAAUGGACGCCCAAAAAGAAACAAAAAAAUGUACUUUUAAACAAUACAUUAGCAACUACGACGACGAUGGAAACAAAAACAUUUGUUCCAACAAUUAUUCCAGAAGAAACCUCAACAAAAGCAUCAUCAAAAAUUCCAUCAAAAAUUUACCGAGGCAGAAACCGUUUCAAUAGAAGAAAUUCAACAUUAUUGUCAUCAUCGAAUGUAAGAACUGUAACAAUUUCACCGACAAAGAUCAGUCGGAAGAAGCUAUCACGAUUUGGUUCACAACAAUCUUCACAAGAAACAAGAUCAUCUCUCUUUCCGGCAUACAUCACACCAGAACCAAUCACAUUGAAAAGUUUGAGCACUUCGAUAAGCUUGGAAGUAAAUGGUGAGAGAAUUUAUGAUGUUAAACCCUCGACACCCGGUUACGAAUAUGUGCCUGCGAGUGUUGAAACAAUCGGCACCAACUCAACGAAUGUCAAAUUAUUUAAAGCUUCUAUUGUUCCAGAAAACUUUGACGAUUUGACAACUUCAAUAUUGAAGCAUGCGAAGAUUCUUGAAAAUGAAGAAAAGAAUAAACAUUGA